AUGGAGAACGACCCCGAGAAGUCGUCUGCGCAUUCUCAAGAGCAUGCGGUUCAAGAGAUCGGCCUAGGUUCAGGUGCCAGUAUCAUUAUCGACCGAGAAGCUGAACGUAGGUUGUUGAGGAAGUUGGAUUGGUACCUGCUACCUCUGUUUACCUUACUAUACUGUACAAAUUUUGUUGACAGAACCGCAAUUGGAAAUGCUAAGAUUUCGGGCAUUGAAAAGGAUCUCCACUUAGUUGGCUUCGAUUACAAUAUUGCCCUGACUGUAUUCUACAUUUUCUACAUCGCUGCCGAAAUCCCUUCUAACCUUGCACUGAAACACUUUGGCUCGUGGUGGUUGGCAGCUAUGGUCACCACCUUUGGGAUUGUUGCGAUCGGUACCGCAUUCGUGACCUCAUUCGCUGGGCUAUUGGUAACAAGAGUGCUCUUGGGCAUCGCGGAGGGCGGGACACUGUCCGGACUCACAUACCUUCUUUCUCGGUAUUAUCGUCGUUCGGAACUUGUACUCCGUAUCGGAAUAUUCUUUGGCACCUCGCCAGCACUAGCAGGGGCUUUCGGUGGAUUACUGGCAUCCGGAAUCCUCAGUGUCGAUGACAUUGGCAUAGUAAAGUCUUGGCGAAAGAUAUUUUUGAUAGAGGGUCAGCAAUCGGUUUUUUUCAAAGUUUUGUUGUACGAUGGGACUCAGUCCACAUGA